AUGUUUUUGGAGUCUGAUCUGUCUAUGAGUGAUGCUGAACGAUAUUCUCGGCAGGCAAUUGUGGAAGGAGUCGGUAUAGAAGGACAGCGUAGGCUUGGCGACUCCAGUGUGCUGGUGGUUGGAUGUGGAGGGCUGGGCAUCCCAGUGAUUAUGUAUCUGUCUUCAUGUGGGCUGAGGAGGAUUGGACUUGUUGAUUUUGACAAGAUAGAGAUUCAUAAUUUACCAAGGCAAGUGCUUUACACAGAGGACGAUGUAUCUGAAUACAAGGUGAUGGUGGCUUCUGAGUUUUUGAGGCGAUCUAAUUCGUCGAUAAGUGCUUCUGUAUACAAUGAGGUUCUAGAUGUGACAAAUGCAGAGCGGAUUAUUAAUGAGUACGACGUGGUUGUCGAUUGUACAGACAGGAUAGAAACCAGGUAUUUACUGAAUGACUUCUGUAGGAUGCUGAAGAAAGGGCUUGUCUGCGGAUCUGUUUUGCAAUGGGAGGGACAGAUAUACAAGCUCAUGCCGAGUGGGCCUUGCUAUCGAUGCUUGUUUCCUAGCAUGAAAGCAGAAGUGUUGACCUGUGAGAAUGCAGGGGUGGUUGGCCCAUUGUGUGGAAUAGUUGGAUCUAUGCAAGCAUUAGAGGUUAUUAAGCUGAUACUAGGAGAUGAUGAAUCUAGAAUGAUUGCGUUUAAUGGAAUGACUUUUGAGACUAUAGCAGCCAAACUCAGAAAAUCCAAGAGUAUCUGUAAUAUGUGCACAAAAGAAGAUGUAAAUGGAAAUAAUCUAUGCAAGGAUUUGCAUACACAACGAUGCGAUGAUGCUGGAGAGGAGCUUUCCUGCAAGAGCUGGCAUGAGAUAAUAAGCGAUCUUGAUUCAUGGCUUGUAUUAGAUGUAAGGCCUGUAAUCCAAUAUCGAAUGCUAAGAGCCAAAGGGUCUGUAAAUGUUCCACUGGAUGAGUUGAAAAGCAAGAUCGAGAUGAUACGGGCAUUAGGGCCUAGUAUUGGAAAGAAGGUGUGUGUGGUCUGCAAGAGGGGAAUUACAUCUAAGAAAGGGGCUAAGAUUCUGAGAGACGAAGGUGUUGAGGCAUAUUCGAUUUACGGAGGAAUCACAGAUCUUAAGAAUCAAAUGAAUAAGAACGAUUAG